AGUCGACUGUGUCAGAUUGCGGGAUACGCCUACAGAGGGAGCAUCUUACAUUUGUGUGUCAGAGUGCGAGAGAAAGAUUCUCUUGAUCUACUACAAGGAUUUCAAUAGGACCGUCGCAGUUUCGGAAUGGAAGACGGUUACGACAGCCUUGAGCCUUCCUUCACCUCACCUGAACCCUUAGACGCAAGCGGAGGAGACAUAGAUGCUCUAUGCCAAACAUAUUUCACUAACGUUGAUUUCUAUUCCACGGAGUAUAAUUAUCCACAGAAGACCAUGGAAGCCAAUACCUGGAGAGCUGGGUUGCAGGAAGACGGAAUAUGCGAUGAUUACGGCGCUGCGGCCUCCUACUACGACGUCAACGACUGGAAGCUUUCCGACGAAGCCCUCCACGACCUGGAGCCCUUCCUGUUGGACGAGGGAGUGUGGUCUGCGGAUCAGGGAAAUAGUUACAGUGCGCUGACCUACGAGGCGUCGGACUAUGACCUGCCGCUUCAGAAUUUAGAUAACCUGGCGCUGGAAGACGGGCCUUGCGACGGAUCCUUGGGUGAGCCUCAGGAUCAUCAACCAUCCAGUGCACUAUAUUCGUCCCCAGAGCAACUACAUUCUCAAAGUGAGCAGCUCCUGUCACAGCAUCCCGACGUCCUGGAGAAGAUCCCUUCAAAAAGAAAACGAGUUCGAGGUCCCAAAAACUGGGAGUUCCUGAUCAGGCUCCUGGCAGACAAGCGAACGAAUCCGUCUUUGAUUCGCUGGGAAGAUGAAUCUACGGCGACCUUCCGCCUGGUCCAGCCUGACAAAAUCGCGCAGUUGUGGUCCAAGCGGACGCCCGAUUCUCCUCCACUAACUUACAACAACUUCGCUAGGGGCCUCAGAUACCACUACAGUAGAGGCGCCCUACAACCUGUGUCAGAGAAGCAACUGGUAUACCAAUGCGGACCCAAGGCUCUCCAGUACCUGAUCGACCUGCGCAAGGGUUCUUCAUGAGAUGUUGGCGAAGCUAGAAAGAGUAACACGAGAUAGGCAGCGAGGAAGCCUUAGUGUGGAUUAGGUGCCAAAUGAAAAAGAGAUAAUGUGAAAUGUGUUCUAGAGACUGAAGUGAAGGCAGAGGAAAGAUAAGACAUGAAGUGUUACAAAUAAUGUACAAAAACAAGAGAAAAGUUAUUUUUUACAGUCCGUCCGCAGAUUCAGAUUUUCUGCAAAUGAUAUGUGUAAUUGACAUGUCAUGUGCUAUUAAACCAAAGAUUACUUAGGAAACAUGGUAGCUAUAUUUAAUAUUGUUAUAUCUAUAGUGUUUACUAUCAUUUGAUGGCAUUAUCAUCAGUGAAUAAACUCGGCAAAUUUUA